AAGAGAGAGAGAUUAGAAAAUGGAAGUAAGGAAAUUGGAGUUAUGAAAAUAAGGAGUGAUGAUGAGAAUGCAGAAUUCCAAAGUCGAAAAUCAAGCGAUUCCACAUCGUAAUUAUCACCUUCCAUUGAUGAUUCCCCAAAUCCAACGUCCCUUGAUUUACCUUCUUCCUGCGCUCUCUCACUCCCUAUAAUUUCUCUCUUUGUCACAGUCGUCUUCCUCUCAGCUGUUCUUGACCCGCUCUCUCUCUGUCUCUGUCUCUGUCUCUGUCUCACUGCUCUCUCUCUCUCUCUCUGACUCAAUUCGCUCUUUCAUUCCCUUCUUUUAUCGUUUUCUCCCUGUAGAUCUCUCUCUCUGUCUCUCUCUCACUCCAUUAUUUUAAUCUCUCUCUGGUUUUAAUCAGAUCCGCGGUGAACUUAUCUUCGCCGUCCGAUGCCUCGACUUUGACUCAGUCCUUUAAUCGGAUACAGCGCCGGAGCACGAUCUUAAGAUGGGUCAGUGUUACGGUAAACCUAAUCUCAAGGGCGAUACUGGAGAAACUAACGCCAAUACAACCACCUUCGUCGUCUCUGGUGAUCGCAAUCAGGUGCCCUCCACUCCUGCUAACGGCUCCGUCGGAGUGCAGUCCGUGAAGAACACUCCCGCUCGCUCCUCCAACCAGAGUCCGUGGCCCAGCCCCUACCCCCAUGGAGUGUCAGCCAGUCCCUUGCCUGCUGGUGUCUCGCCGUCGCCAGCUAGAGCUUCUACUCCCAGGAGAUUCUUCCGCCGGCCUUUUCCUCCACCAUCUCCUGCCAAGCACAUCAAGGCGUCCCUGGCUAAGCGUUUUGGCGGUGGGAAGCCUAAAGAGGGGCCGAUCCCCGAGGAGAGAGGAACCGAGCAGGAGCAGUCGCUGGACAAGAACUUUGGUUACAGUAAGAAUUUUGGAGCCAAAUACGAGCUCGGAAAGGAAGUAGGGCGAGGACAUUUUGGGCAUACUUGCUCUGCCAAAGUUAAAAAGGGCGAGCUCAAGGAUCAGCCUGUUGCAGUUAAGAUCAUUUCCAAAGCCAAGAUGACAACACCAAUAUCCAUUGAGGAUGUUCGUAGGGAGGUGAAAAUAUUGAAAGCACUAUCAGGACAUAAGCAUCUGGUCAAAUUUUAUGAUGCAUGUGAGGAUGCCAAUAACGUGUACAUAGUCAUGGAACUCUGCGAGGGUGGGGAACUUUUGGACAGAAUUUUAGCAAGAGGAGGAAGAUAUACAGAGGAAGAUGCGAAAAGUAUAAUUGUACAGAUUCUGAGCGUGGUUUCAUUUUGUCAUCUUCAAGGCGUGGUACACCGUGAUUUAAAGCCAGAGAAUUUCCUAUUUGCUUCUGGUGGUGAAGAUGCUGAUAUGAAGCUUAUUGACUUUGGCCUCUCGGAUUUCAUCAGAACAGGUAAGAACUCUCAUCCAUGGUUGCGGGACGAUAGCCGUUCUAUCCCCUUAGAUAUUCUAAUCUAUAAGUUAGUCAAGUUAUACGUGCAUGCUACACCUUUCAAACGUGCUGCACUUAAGGCUCUCUCAAAAGCUUUGACUGAGGAUGAACUUGUAUAUCUUAGAGCUCAGUUCAGGCUGUUGGAACCAAAUGGGGAUGGGAGCAUCUCUCUUGAAAAUUUCAAAAUGGCUCUCGUUCGACAUGCAACUGAUGCCAUGAGGGAGUCGAGGGUUCCUGAAAUUUUCAAUGCGAUGGACUCGCUUGCUUAUAGGAAGAUGUACUUUGAAGAGUUCUGUGCUGCUGCUAUUAGCACGCAUCAAUUGGAGGCUCUUGAAGGGUGGGAUCAGAUUGCAAGCAAUGCCUUUGAGCAUUUUGAACAGGAGGGUAACCGAGUUAUUUCAAUUGAAGAACUGGCAAGGGAGUUAAAUGUAGGCCGUUCAGCUUAUUCAUUCCUCAGAGAUUGGAUCAGAAACACUGAUGGGAAGCUUAGUUUACUUGGAUAUACAAAAUUUUUACAUGGUGUGACGCUGCGUAGUUCGAAUGCUAGACACCAUAGGUAGCCUUUUACAUAUGUCCUUUUGUGGCAUUUGCAGGAGUUGGAAGGUUUUUCAAUUUUUUUUCCCUCUUUUCUUAUGGGGUUGGGGGUACAGCAAAAAUGUGCAUACAUGAAAUAUAUAUUAGUUAACAGUCAAUGCCCAAGUCUGAUUGAGGCAAAUUACCUUGUAGAAUUCUCUUGUUCAUACCCUAUUUUUGCAUAUCAUAAGUCCAUGGGUAUGAGCAAAGUGCAAGUA